CCAGUGAUUUCAGAAUGCAUUUAAUAAAUAAACAAAUAAAUAAAUAAAUAAAUAAAUAAAUUCUGCAUUGAAUACCAGAGCACAAAGGUUGCCUCAGUUUUAUUUCAAUUUUGGAAUUGAAAAAUGCACCAACCUCCAUACAGUCCAUAUUGUAGUCGCACAGUUUGCAAUAGUAAGGUUUUGUCUUGUCAGUAUUAAUCCAGUCUUGACGCGGAUCAACUCUCUUUGUCUGAUUAGCAUUUGUGUAAGCACCCGUUCCUGAAGUUUCUGCCGGCUGAUUCUGACUCGACACAGAAAGUGCGUCGCUUGGGAAGUCAGCGUACAAUUGAUCUUGCUUCUCUUUCUCUUCCCUCACAACCUGGGCUCCUGCAUCUAGGUUUGCAUUCCCUGUAACAACUGUAUUUUCAGCAGUAGAGACAUCGACCAUGUUGGUUGCCAUCGUCGCCAUGUUGAACGUAAAUCUCGACAGUGCGCACGUCCUAAAAGAGAAAACCACUAAGCUUAUCUCGGGCUCAGUAUGAAAUCCAAUAUGGCUGCAAUAGCCGCACAACAAAGACUGCUUCGGCUACGUAAAGAGAGUGCGAUGUUUUGUUCGGUAACGGCGUAAAGACGACUGAAUUGUGUAUGCCUGUGUAGCUUAAAGCUUGAAAAUUCAGUUUGCUGAUCCACGAUGGUCGUGUUUGCGAUGAUUACACGGAUUUCCGAUGGAAUGCCGCUCACAGCGUCUACGGAUUUGGAUAUGCACUUUGAAUUGAAGGAGAGCAAGAGAUUCGCCAAAACUUUGGCACGAAAAGUUAAUCAGUACCCAGCUAGAUGCACCAUGCAAUGUGGAAAUCACAAAAUCUACUUUGUAAAGGCUGUUGGGGUUUGCUUCUUGGCGGUUUGUGAAGGAACAUAUCCAGCUGUUUUAGUCUUCUGUUUCCUUGAGGAACUUCAGCGUGAGUUCACAAUAACAUUUCAGAGUCAUGAUGUCCAAAAAGCAAGGAGACCUUACUCAUUUAUAGAGUUUGAUUCCUUCAUUCAGAAAACUAAACAACGAUACAACAACACAAGAACUUUGACAUCGCGGCUUAAUUUAAGCGAGAUGAGUGAAGACUUACACAACAAUCCUCCAUUUGAGAUUUUACAAACUGAACUUGGACCAGAAAAUAAUGCUGAUGUCAAGACUUAUAAAACAGGAGGUCCCAUGAGACAGCUUGAACCCUUGACAUGGCAAAGUCUCACAGCCUGUGUUUUAGCAGGUGUUUGUGGACUACUGAACUUUCUCAGAUGUUUCCCAUUUUUAAAUAUUAUUGUUAUUGAUGAGGAGACCAAUGAUACUUGGUUUUCGGCUGCUGGAUUUUUUCUUGCUGGUGUUCUAAAUUGUUGCCAGCUAUAUCUUCUUUUCUUUUCUGUGCGAUGGAGGAUGCCAUUAGCAAGAUCACUGUUUGUUACGCUUCUGCUUGUUAUUUAUUGGCUACGAAGCCUUCGAAACAUCUGGCAAAUUCUCUUCCACCUCACGGUUAUUGCUUUUGUGUUGUAUCAAACUACAAAGAGACAACUACAAGAAAAGCCCCCAGAUUACAAUGUUUAGAACAAAGAGAUGUGUAUGUUACACAUUUUUAAUAUAGACUACAGAAAUUAUAUCAAUUAGAUGUAAUUGUGAAUUUGAGGAAAGAACUUUCUUUAACUGUACAGCUAUAAUUAUAUAAUAUUAGUUUUUAUUUCUCUGUCUAGGUUACUCUGUUACUAUUUAAAACUACAGAUACAAGAGGUGAAGCACUGCAAUAUCCCUGGCCUCUUUUGUUCAAAGAGCAUGAAGCAACAUUCUCUACCCUACCCCUUGUAAGCAAGAAAAGCUAUCUUUAAUUGGGAGUAACUUAUUCUGGUGGCAUCUUUUGUUGACUUUGAGCCUUCUCAGGGUUAAUCUAUUUAAGUGUAUCGGCCUUUUCCAGUCUUCUAACCAAGCCAUUUUUUUGCCAUUACAAAAUGGCUAAGAAAAUCCCUUUAGAGGGGUGCCACUGUUUUGGGAACAAUAUGAAUAAAAUUGGAAAAUUUGACUCCAUUGUAACAAAGAAAACAUCUUAAUAUUUGGUAGGAAAAUAUUUCAACAAUAAGCUUAAGUACAGUCAACUCUCUCUUAACGGACACCUCUAUAAGACGGACACCUGGUGCUGGUCCCAGCCGUUUCUCAGUCAUUUUACUAUAACCAAACUCUCUAUAAGACGGACACUUCCAUAAGACGGUCAACGGACACUUUGAAAUCGUCAACGGACACUUGUGAGGUGCUGAAUGUGACCGCAAAUUACGAUUUAGGGAAGAAAAAUUCUUAAAUUACCACGUACGUGACUCUUUUCAACACCAGACCUUUAAUUGACAGCUCUCUUCACUGUUCGGACUCUAUUUAACCCGUUAACUAUUGAUUCUAAUAUGAAAAGAGAUUCAAUUUUAUAAGUAUGUUUUUGUUCCAGUUUGUAGGUUUCGUUCAAGUAAAUAACUUAAAGCAAACUUUAAACAGACGCGUAUUCACUGUGCACAGGUUCAGCAUUAUUAUCUUAAAAUUCCUGGGGUCAUGUUACUUCGCUCUACAAGCCGGACACCUCUCUAAGACGGACAGCUGAGGCCGGUCCCUAUGGUGUCCAUCUUAGAGAGAGUUGACUGUAUUCUGGGAUUUUCAUUUUACAAACGUUUCAAAAUUUAGCAGUGUUAUUGUAAAUGGAAGGGAACGCAAAUGCAGGGGAACAGGAUUUGUCAGCUAGGUUCAAAUGCCCUGCCUCUCCAACCCCUUCAACAUUAAUAGGUGCUCUACUGAAAAGUAGUCGCAGAAAUUAUAUUAUUUAUGCAAGACAAGAAGGCAUUUUCUGCAAUACUUGUUAUAUAAUUGAUAAAGUUUUGAGAACUUUUAAUUUUCCGUAUAACUAAGUCGCAUCAGGACACUUAUAACUCCUGAUUCACUUCAGUUUUAUUCAUAGUAAGUUGUUACAAGGGUUUAUUCGAUCAACCUUGUUUCCAGGGUCUCCCAUCUUGCCGCCCUCCCGGAGCAAGGAAGGGUGGAAAGAUGAGAGGCCCUGGAAACGAGGUUGGAGCUAAUUAAGAUGUCUUACACAAAUAUAACAAAGGGAUGUAUAUCGACAUACCUUUUAGACAACAAUAAAGGGAUUCAGAAAUACCUGUAAUAAGCAGGAAGUUAAUGGAUGAGAAGAAAUGAAUCCACCAUCUCAUAGGUGAUAAUGCGGGCUGAAAAUCACUAAUCACCGUUAAUGCGAAGUCCUUUAGACUUUUUCCAAGCCUAUCAUUUUUAACGAAUGAUGGCGUAGCUAGAGUUAGUCACGGCAGUAUAAUUCACUCGGUCGAUGGGACGUAAAUUUUUUUGCGGUUACAUUCCGCUGACCAGUGGUAUCCGGUAGUUUAAUUUAGCCCCCAAGUCGAUUAGCAACUAACCGUUUAGCCCGCAACCAGAAGACGAGAACACUGUCUAUUUCUCGUUCUCCAAGCGUGAAUACCAGGGUG